UUUGGUGCAGGGGUCAAAGAAGAAGUCUGUUCCGUAUUGUCCUCAUUGACCAGAAGACAACAUGUGUGAAGAUCUGCGCGCUGAGCUGCAAGACUUCCUGCAGAGCUUGAACAUCAAGAGCAGCUGUGUGGAGCAUCCUCCGGUAAGAACCGGGACCUGCUCGGCCUCAUCCUUCUGCAGGAAGACCUUCAUGUGGAGCAGCUUCAGCGCUGAGAAGUAGCUUCCUGCUCAGCGGGUCACCGCCUUCACGGACACAGAACUAACCCACUGGGUUCAGUGUAUCAGCCGAACCGCUCAGCAGAGGUGUUUCAUCAUAAGUCAGGAGGUGGUGUUCACGGUGGAGGAGAUGAUGCCUCACCUGCAGGAUGUAAGCGGAGCUGUCACUAAGAACCUCUUCCUGAAGGACAAGAAGAAGAAAGGCCUGUGGUUGGUGUCGGCUCGCCACGAUCAUCAGGUGAACCUCAACGACCUUGCGAAGAAGCUUGGCGUUGGUAGCGGCAACCUGCGGUUUGCAGAUGAGGCCAUCAUGCUGGAAAAACUCAAGGUGGGUCAGGGCUGUGCUACAGCUCUUGCUCUGCUCUUCGAUAAGGACCAGAGUGUGAAGUUCAUCCUGGACCGGGACCUGGUGGAAGGAGGUCACCAGAUGAUCUACUUCCACCCAAUGACCAACGCUGCCACCAUGGGGCUGCAGCCAGAAGAUCUACUGAGGUUCCUCAAAGAAACAGGACACGAGCCCAUCCUUGAGAGUUUUCAGUAGGAAGGGCUGCAAUCAUGGACCUGGUCCUGAACCUGAAGCUGGAUAUAAACUGGGCUCAAUUAGCCUGCAGGAAACAGACUUGGACCAGAACCUUUAUACUUUCUGAACGUGAGCUUCAGGCUGAAACUGAGGAAAUGAAUUUGACCUCAAAGGUUUAAAAUUUUGAGAAAGACAGAACUUAAUGAUUUAAGUUUGGUUCUAAGAACUUCAGCUUGAGGUCCAUAAAAUAUGGCUUUUAUGUUCAGUUCAUGAUUUGGUCUUCAGUCCUAUUUUGUCUCAGAGUUUCUCACCAAACACAACAGAUAAAAUGUCAGUUUUUACUGUAGCAUGUCCCAAAGACAGCUGGCCCAAAUUCCCAUUAAAGACAUAAAACAGAA